AUGCAGACCACAGAUCUUCCGACAUGGUUCUGGCUCCCACUCAAGGGCGACUGCGAGUGGGAUUCCCCAUUCAACAUGGGGAACUGCUUCGACGAGCAGUACCACAACGUCUUUUUCUUUUUGAUCAAGGCGUUAAUCUACCUCACAAGGUUCACGACGUUCCCGUUCGUGCUCUUUUUCGCGGGGAUGCACGGAGAGUUCUUGGCCACCUUGCCCAUGGCCAUCCUCUCCACAAUCACCAUCAUCCCCAUGGUCCUCUUGCGGCUCAUCUGGGCAGAAGACUACCACACUCAUGGCGGUUUGGGCAACCCCAUGGUGGAAUAUUCUGUCAAGACCUGGGCCAUUCUCUCCAUGCCAAACAUCGUUUCAUGGACCCCCAGUGCCGCUUUUGCGGUGAGCCAGUCGGUGCGAAUCGUUAGGGAAACUUUUGUUUCUCUUCGUAUUCAAGCCGAAUCCAGCUUUGACGCUGAGACUCUGUUCCCUACUCCCUUUGCCGGGAGGGACUGGGAUUCGGAUCUUAGCACAUCCGGUGCUGAAGCCUGGAUGCGAAUGCUGGUGCAGGAGGAUCAAGAAGAGAGACACGCCCGACGGGAGGAAGAGAAGAGAGUCGCGGUGGAGCAGAAGAGACUGGAGCAGGCCUCUUUGCUGAUGCAGAAGCUUGAAGAUGACACCGACAUCGCCAUCUGGAAAGCUAUCAGCAAGAGGCGACCACAGCCCAUCAUCCGACGCCAGUCAGCUCUAACUCACCGGCAAGAGACUGAGCUGCUGGCUGAAGAGAGGGGCCUGACCAAGAAGCAAUUCUUGGCUCAGCGCUAUGUGGUCGUGCCAGUGGACCAGAGCACUCAGUCGGACCCGUCCGACUUUGCUGACGACAGGGCGAUGAAGACGCCAGUCAGUCCGAUCGUCGAGAUCCCCUCAUCUCACGGCGUUCAGUCUGACUUGGCUGAGUCCCCUGUUCUGACGCAAAUCGAACCGUCUGAGCCCGCUCCCACUGGCUCCUCUCCAUCAUCUCUCUCUCCCCCUUCUCCUCACGAGACGACACCGAAGAAGCCAGCUUCUUCCACCACCACCGACGCCGCCGCCGCCACUGCCACACCAGGCAGAGAGACGCCUCCUGUUCGAGAGCCUGCGCCUAGCGCAGUGUCUCCUCGACAGGAGGUCGUCGAGGCCAUCACCACCCUCCCCUCUCCCCCCUCUCCUGGCGUCGUCGGUGUCGUCUCAUCUUCCCAUGUCGUCGAUGAACCCAUCUUCCCCUCUGAAGAAGAGCUCCCUCCCCAAGCCAUCGUUCCUUUUGCAGAACCGGCGGGCCUUGAGCCCUUACGACAGCUGCCAUCACCCGAGCAGGCCGCCGGUUCUGUCGCUUCCUUCGCCCAGGAGGUUCCAGGGAUCCCCGACAUCCCCGAAGAACUCCUUUUCGCUGCGGCGAAUGGAAGUGAGGACGGCUGGGAGAAAAGCCUUCACCAGGGGCUCUUCCAACCCGCUCCUUGCAUCUCUCCCACCUGGGAUCCCACCGAACUUGAUGCCGCCAUCGACGAUCUCCUUAACAGCGGCGAUGAAGUGGGUGAACAGGUUUGGGAUGAGAUGGCAAUCGAUGAUUGCCAAGUCGAGGAUGUGGAGAUGGAGGAGCAAGGUGAAGGUGAGGUAGAGGUACUGACUCCGUCGCAGGCCGUUGAUAGCGAGAUGGAGGAGGUCGGUAUGACGGAAGAGGAGCAGGAGCGGAUGGUCCAAGAGGCGUCGUGGGCGGCGUUGGCGGCUCUCCUUGACGAAGACGAGGAUGAGUUCUGUGAUGAGCCAUCACAGAUGGUCAUUGACCAUGCCGCGCCGGCCCAGACCCUCUCCGUCCCGCAACUCCCUCUCCCUCAGUUCAACCGGCCUCCACCUCCGCCGCAGGCCUCCGUCUUCCAUUUUGAGGUCACUCCACAGGCCGUUCCAGCGCCUUAUGUCAUGUCGCAGCAGGAACAGGAUGACCUCGAAAUGGAGAUGGUGGCAGCGUUCGACAUCGAGAUGGAGGACGCGGAGGAUGAAGAGGAGGUUGGCAUGGGCCCUCAAGAUCUCAGCCAACGAAAGAUCUUGAUACCAAGGGCCCAGGGAUCCCGACACAAUCCCAGCCAACCUCUUCCUCAACCAACGCCGACUACAUCUCAGUCGAAACGCUCUCGAUCCUCGUCGAUCGAGCAAGCUGCGCCUGAGCCCAAACGGGCUCAGUAUCAACCCAUCCAGAGUCUGUCGUCUGCGCCCGCCCAACCUUUGGCGGUCCCGCCCGUCACUCUUCAACCCGAGGGCGCAUCUCCCGCGCCAAGCAACACCAACAGUCAACAGCAGACUGUUGCCCCCAUAAUGAUGGGGGGGCUCAUGCUCCCCGGGGGCAACCAACGUAUAACCAACGCCGAGCCGCCAGCGCCCACACCAUCGGCAGCGCCCGCUCCUACUACUAUAACUCCUGAGGAGAAGAAAGCCGCCUUCGAGAAGAAGAAGCAGGCACAGAUAAAAGCACAGCAGGAAGCUCGAAGAAACAAGAAGCCGAGCCUAUUUCACCAGACCAAGAAGCCAGCUACACCUGGGAGAUCCGCCCCCGCCACACCUCACCAGCAAACUCCGAACCACACCUCACCAUCACCAAUGCCACGAAUCAGAGAUCCCGGCUUGAGAGCGGCUUCUGAAUCAGCCUUCGGCACGCCCGGGUCGGCCCAAAAGGAGGCCGGCCACAACAUCCUACAAACCAUCCCAGCCUAUCUACUAGACCAGGUCGCAGGCAGAGCGGCCGAGGACGAGGACGAAGAAUAA